AAACGUCAUAACCAUAUGUUGUCACCUGCGUCACACUGCGUCAUAUGAUUUGAAAUUUCGAAUUUCAACGAAUGAUUCGUUGUUAUGGUCGAUUUCGUGUUGUAUGUUUUUGUGUUAUGCAAAUAAAUUGUUUUCUUUAUUAUUAGUUCGUUAAUAUGGAUCCUUUAACGCCAAAUAAAAUACAGAGACUGAUGCAUUUAGCCGAAGAUGCAUCUUUCAAUAAACGCAGGCAAGAAGAAUUGUUUAAGUUUCCAACGGAAGUGAAACCCCUUGGCCAUCACUUAGCAGCCUUGUAUAGUAUGGAAUCUGGUGCCUGUGAGUCUUCAUCAGGUCUUUUGGAUUUAGACCAAAUACGAGGUUUUGGUGAGUCAGAGGCUGGAUCAAUAGGCAAAUCUACUGGUUUCUUCCCUGGCGAGAUGACUGGCCGGUCCACCGGUGCCGAAGAAAACUUACCCAAUGUACCCACAGGACUUUCACACACAUUCUUGAACUUGGAUUCUCUUAGCAAACAAUUAGACGAUCAGUCCUGUGAAGUCAAUCAGAUUAUGAGACAUUCUAUUGCUACGAAUUUUUCUCUUCAUUCCAAGAACCUGACAGCAAAUGAAGCUUCAUUUGUGGCUAAAUAUGCCCCAAUCCCAGUGCAACAGACUCCUACGAUCACACUGGAGCCUUCAACGAUAGACAUAUCUGCGGCCUCUAUUGGAGAUUACUUCAGGGACAGAUGCCCUGAGUUUAGUAAGGUCCUUGGCCGUUCGGAUAGUCCUAACCGAUCUAGCAUGCAGCCUAGCUUAACUGAAGUCUCACAUUUCGAACAACCGGAGUCUCUUCAACGCCCCGGCAAACUCGACCCAUCCUUAGACUGUGUCCCAGUCCGUCAACCCAGAAUCAUGAACGAGGCCGACGAAUUAGAAAAACUCGCUGUCAAACAACAAGAACAAAUCAACCACUUACUCAUGAACCCAUUCACGAGCCACACAGAUUACAGAUUAAAAACACAGGCAGAUGGUUCGCAAAAUGUAGACCCAUUCAAAAAGCCUCAGCUAUUUGUGCCUAAGCCGGAACCUCAAAAACUAAAGGUUGGAGCUACGGGUGCAAGUAAUGAGUAUUUAGUGAAGGCAGUCACACGGUCCUCGAUGAAACCGGCCACAGGAGAUGAGAGCUCCGUGGUUGAUAGCUCGCUUAGCCUUUCCAAGAUUGCUGAGUUUUUGGGGAACCAAUCUGUUGUCAACGUCUCCGACAUAAUCGACAAAUACUGCAAGGACAAAACCAAGCCUCUGCUAGAAGCCAACAAAAUACCAAAGCAAGAACUACCCAUCACCUAUUUGAAGGACACUCGGAACGCAGAAUCUGCAAACAGCGCCGGCAGCGUCAAAACAGUAAUUUCUUUGAAAAAGCAGAACAAAGUCAUUCCUGAAGUGUUAAUUACGAGGGAUUCCCUAACUAAAAACGCUCAGGCUGAUAAGGAAAGUAUUAAGAGCACUCGGUCUAAAUCGCCUUCGUCUAGAACCCGCUCGACUUUGAGCACGGUGCAAGAGAAGUAUCCUGUGGAGAGUCCGGGCCGGCCAAGUACAGGCGAAGUUAAAUCUACACAUGUCCCCUCCCCAAACUUUGAGUAUAAAGAGUUAGAUAAGUCGGUAGAUUGGCGGGAAGUCAUGCAACAGAAGUGUAGACGGCAGUCCAGCUUGGCUAAUCAAGGACCAUGGAUCGAAAUAAAAGCAACAUCUGUUAAAGGAUUUGUCGGUGUAAAUUGCCCCGCAUCAAUUUCAAUAACAACCAAAUCUGACAGCUGGCUGACUGCCACAUUCAAAUACGACCGCUCCGACACCACGAGACCCUUGCGGAUCGAGCUGCCCCGCCAGCCGUUACUUCUCUCCCCUGGCAAAACCGAACAACUAACUCUAAACAUCACAUCCAGUGCCGAACUAUCUACAGACUUACCAUUCAUCAUCGCUGUCAAAGACAGCUCUAUAGAUCUCGAACAAGAGCAAAAAGGAACUUUGUCAGUGGAUUUCAAAAUGCCUGAAAUUCGAGCUAUAUCCAGUUUCGGACCCAAUAAAGUUGUAUUUUCGCCGACUCAAGAACGAACUUUACUAGCGACGACGUUGGUUUUGCUCAGCGAUUCACCAAUCGAUUUACAAUUAUCAUUGUCGCUGGUAGACGGAAAGAAUGUGUUUUCAUUGAAAAAUGUUCAAGAGAUUAAAAUGAGUGAGGUUAAUAAGAUCCUCGGGGCGGCGGAAGAGAAACAUGCGUUAGCGAAACUAAAGAAAGCUAGCUCUUCUGUACAACUAUGCCGGUUGACGAGAGGAAAUGCUAUUAGAGUGACUGUUGUUUUUGAAGCCCCUGGCCUUACUGAACGUGAUAACGAGCUGGAGAAAUAUCAGGGCGCAGUGGUCGUCAACCUUAUCGGCGUCGAGGCUUCUGUCAAAACGGUGGAGCUGUCCGCCUCCGUGGGGGCUGCUAUGCUGCGCCUUAGUACGCAGGACAACCUCUGUUUCUCAAAGGAAGCCAAAAUAUUAAACUUAGUGAAUGUGGGAUCCCUGCGUGGAGCCUGGAACGUCAAGCUCAAGAUAGAAGACAGCAGGGUGUUCGUGUUGUCCGCGACGACGGUGGAGCUAGCUCCCGGGGAAGCCAAGGGGAUCACUAUCUCGUAUAAAGGGCCGGAGGAUGUUGUGUAUAAUACAAUGUUAAUGUUCGAAGAAACAUUUUCCAGAGCCAAAACCACUUUAGAAAUUCAGGGUGGCACAGAAAAGUUCCCCAUCAAAACCAGCAACCCCAUUCUAUCGUGGGUCCGAAGCGGCCGAAAGGAAAUAAGCUUGAAAAACUUCUCGGAUAAAAAAGUUUUGGUUCGCUGUGAUAUAGUUGGUGAUGCGUUUACUAUAGACGUGCCCGGUGUGGACGCGAGGGGCAUUAGCUGUAUAAUAAGUUUCAGCCCGAACGAAUGCCGGCAGUUGCCGAUCGUAUAUGCCCCGACGACGCAUUUGCCGAAUGCUGCGACGUUGUUUAUAAAGAUGGAUAAGAACAAUGAUCACGUUAAGAAGAUAAACCUCUUCGGUUGUGCGAGCGGCGACGCCCUGCGCUGGGUCGGACUGGCCACGUACGGGGAGACCGCGCUGGUGCGGGCUGUCGCUCGCUCCCCCGUAGACCUCAAGCUGACCAACAAGUCCCCCAUGCCGGCCUUCAUCUGCGCCAGGGUCAACUUUAACUUGCAAUACAUGUCCCUGGCCGGGUCCUCGCAUCUGGUCGGUGCGCGGCACGUGGUCCGCGGGCGCGGCACCCACACGCUGUCCCUGCGCGUGGACUGGGCGCGCGUGGAGCGCCGCGCCAUGGAGGCGCGCUCGCCCACGCUCGCCACGCUCACCGCGCUCACCGGGCCCGAGCUCACCCGCCACCGGAUACUCAGAAUACUCAGAGAUGAGAACACCGGAGAACUGGAUACCUCGCUGCUGCCGGACAACCUGAAGAUGCUGAUCGGACCAUUCGAAGGCGAAGAAGUUGACCUGGAUACUGUGCUCACGGAUUUCGAAGAAACCAAGGUUUCUCUGGUUGAUCUGAUUGGAGGUCUGCAGGAGCUGAAGGCACAGAUAGAAUUGCCCGUCGACCUCUCCGAGGAAACAAUCAUCAUGACCGACGACACGGUGUUAGAACACCAUACGCUUUACGAAUAAUCAUCUGAAAAUGUUUCUUGUCGAACGCGAUGAAAUGCUUGACUAAUAUGCGACUGGUUCGCUUUUUCGUAAAGCCGGACCAGAAAUAUAUGAUCAUUCUCAAGAGGGCGCUGUUAUUCUCAUAUAUAGGGUGACCAGUUUAGUAUGGAUAAUUUAGUUCCAAUGAAAUUUCGCAAUAUGGCGCGUGAUCAUAUAUUCUGGUCAGGCUUUACUUUUAUAAAUGAUGAAACAUUAGGAAAUAAUGGUUAAGCCCGUCUGUAGUAUCCAGUAUUUUCAGCCAACCACAGUAUUUUCGUACAAUACCGACUUCCAUCCGCUAUCUCCAGGACCAAACAGAUGACUGGAAAAUUAAUGUGUUGUACUUGAGAAGACUUGUAAAAAGUAUAUAAUUUAUUAGGAGUUCAACCUCGUUAUUUAGGACAUAUCCUGAAUAAACAGGUGAUAAUUAAUUGUUUGAUUACUUGACUGUGAUAUCUGAACACAACCUUAUUAUUUACAUAAUAAGAGUGGGUGUACGUCAUUUAUUCAUUUAGAACAGACUACUCCAGGUGGGAAUAGUUGCAUUCAUAUGAAUCCUUCCCAUCUGGCUCAGUCUCAUGUACGGCGGCGGUCAUGUGGACCCCGGACAAAUGAUUUCCCCGCUUAGCUAAUUUUGCUCUUGGACGUAAACUAGCUUGUUAACCGUGCUAGAGGAGCUAUAUUAUAUGUAGUUAACACAUUCACCGCUGAGAUAUCGUUGUAGUGCUACAUCGUAACCAAUAACAUGAAUUUCCCGGUAUGUAGCGAAAAUUCUUCGUAGAGGCAAACGUCGACGUGCGCUGAAUGGGUUAAUUUUUUUUUGCAUAAAUCUGCAAUAUUUAGAAAUCCGUCCUUACGAAUCAGCGUUUAAAGAAUGUUUUAGUUCUAUGAACUUGAUAUAGCCAGCUGUCUAGCAUGGAUAACAAUUUCCAUUUAGAUAUAAGGUUUUGUAUUGUUUAGGAUAUACAUAAUUUAUAUGAAGCAAUAAAAAACUAUUUUCAAUUCUU